GGGGCAGGUUUCCUCCGAGUACUUCGGUUUCCCCUGCCAUUCAUGAUCGAUACCAAUUGGCUGUCACUAGACACACUCUUCGGCUGGAGGAACGCGCCAGUAUCUGAAAGCCAUCAUGUCUGUAAAGGGAUUGGCUUCAGCGGCACGUAUCGCCGCGGCUUAUGGUACCGGGUUCUCCUUUAUCAUCCUCACGCAAGUACUUAUCCAACUGCUACGUCCAGACAUCGUGGAUAAGAACAUGAGGCCAAAAGACUGCAGCAUCAUUAAAAUGCACAAACAUUACGACUUCAUCAUCAUAGGAGGGGGAAGUGCAGGAGCUGUGGUUGCCAAUCGUCUAUCUGAAAUAUCCAACUGGACGGUUUUACUUCUGGAAGCUGGCGGCGAUGAAACUUUACUAUCCGACGUCCCUCUAUAUAUGCCAGCACUUCAGUUGUCCCCGUUAGAUUGGAAAUUUAAAACAGAACCAUCUAAUACUUCGUGUCUCGGUAUGAAUGAAGGCCGAUGCAACUGGCCGCGUGGAAAAGUUCUGGGGGGCUCGAGUGUCCUGAACGCUAUGAUCUACAUCCGCGGAAACGCUAAGGACUAUGACCGCUGGGCAGCUCUUGGGAAUGAAGGAUGGAGCUACAGAGAAGUGCUUCCUUAUUUCAAGAAAUCUGAGGACAUGAGGGUAGAUGAAUAUAUUGACUCCCCUUACCACGGUACAGGAGGGCCUCUCACUAUAGAGGAGUUUGCGUACACCUCUCCUAUUUCAAAGGCAUUCCUUGCAGCUGGAAGAGAGAUGGGUUACGAGGCCCAAGAUUUGAACGGGGCGAUGCAGGCAGGAUUCAUGAUGACACAUGGUACACUGAGGCAGGGCCUGCGAUGCAGCACUGCCAAAGCGUUUCUAAGGCCCGCAGCCAGGAGGAAGAAUCUUCAUAUCAGCAUGCAUUCUCACGUGGAGAAAAUAAUAAUCAACAAUGAGACCAAACGAGCAGAAGGCGUCGUGUUCAGGAAAAAUGUCGGGGGUAUAAGAACGGUAUAUGCUGACAAAGAAGUCAUCCUGUCGGCUGGGUCUGUCCAGUCCCCUCAGAUUCUUAUGCUAUCGGGAGUGGGACCAAGUGACCAUCUUAGGGAGAUGGGCAUUCAUCCGAUUGUGAAUAUGCCGGCUGUUGGCGAGAACCUUCAGGAUCACGUGGCAAUGGGAGGAACGGCAUAUCUCAUAGAGUCACCAGCUCACAUGGAUAACUUUGGAGCCAGUUUCGUCCUACCGAAAAUCAUGACUAUGAAUACACUCCUCAACUUCGCCGUCCAAUCAAGAGGCCCUCUCUAUGCUCUGCCUGAAGCUGAAGUCAUGGCUUUCAUUAAUACAAAGUACGCAAACCACACAGAGGACUGGCCCGACAUACAGCUGUUCCUCGCGUCCUAUGCGGACAACACGGACGGAGGGCUGUUCGGCAAGAAAGACAACGGGCUUACGGACGAGUAUUACGCUGUUAUGUACGAACCUAAUCUGUAUAAGGACUCGUACUCCGUGCUGCCCCUGCUCCUGAGACCCAAGAGUCGGGGCAGGAUACGCCUCAAGAACGCCAACCCACAUGAGCAUCCACUUAUAUACCCUAACUACUUUCACCAUCCCGACGACAUUGCAGUGCUAAUUGAAGGAGCCAAGUUCGGAUACGCGUUGAGCAAGACUCGAAGGAUGCAGCAACUAUCAGCACGCAUUAACGAGAUACAGAUCCCUGGCUGCCGACACCUCGAGUUCUUGUCUGACGAGUACUGGGAAUGCGCGGCAAGGCACUAUACUAUGACGAUCUACCACCCGGUGGGCACAUGCAAGAUGGGACCUGCUACAGACCCGGACGCCGUGGUCGACCCUAGACUCCGAGUGUAUGGCACCUGGAACCUCAGAGUUGUCGACGCAUCCAUAAUGCCCUUUAUCGUUUCUGGUAACACUAAUGCGCCCGCGAUAAUGAUCGCUGAAAAGGCAUCGGAUAUGAUCAAAGAGGAAUGGCUGCCAUCUUCUUCUAACACGUGACUAGUUCAGACGUCUAUCUUCAGAGCACCUCUGGACAAAGGAAAAGACAAUGCCUUAACACAAAGGCAUACUCUGGCGGCUGCGGACGUUAGCCGUGCCACUCCAGUUACGUCAUCAGUGACGAUGUUUGUGAAAAGUGAUAAACGACGGAAGUCCAGCACCAGACAAAGUUCCCAUGCAGAAGAAUAACGAUAAAUUUGAAGGAUAUAUUUAAAACAUUUUAAAGAAUUUUACAUGAGAUAUUCAAUGAGAGAAUCUCAAAAUAGUAUGACACUGCAUUAACAACUAACACGACCGAACAUUAUCGAAUCCAUAAAUUUGUAAAAAAUAAUUACCCUGACAUCCAUCAUUUCAAAAGAUUUUACUUCUAAACUGUAUAUACAGAACGCUGUAGCUGCGUUGAUGUAAACGCACAUAUAUGAAGGAGAGUCUGUAAAUAGGUCACAAAUGGAAGUAAAACAGCCGUUAUGGACGUAAUAUGUUUUCUGUAUGUGUAUCACUAGGUAGCACCACAGUUCAGCUUCAUGACAAUCUAGGUAGCAAACAUAUAUGACCAUGUUAAGAGGCUGGUUUCAGUAGUCAAAAUGGAGACAGUGCACGAGGAGUAUUAUACCGAGAAGCAUCGUUCUGUUGUGCGUUCUUUUUUGUGAGCAAAAGGACUCAAUGCAAACGAUAUUAAUAAAAGAAUGUUUCAUGUUUACGGUGGGGGGUGUUUGUAACGUAAAGCGGUUCACAACUAGGUCGCGAAAUUCUCUCAAGGACGUUCGAAAGCCGCAGAUUAUGCCCGACCAAGUGCGGAAGUGGCGGAGAUAACAGCCAAAAUUACUUCUACGCUGCGGAUUUCGACGCACUGGUAAAGCAAUGGGGCAAGUGUAUCAAUGUUGGUGGAGGAUAUGUCGAGAAAUAAAUGUUUCUUCCAGGGUUCAGUAUUACAUAUUUUACGAUUUAUAUCCAUUUGCGACCUGUUUACUGACUCUCACAUAAGAUAUUUCUACAUCAACAGCAUAAAAUGAACAAGAACACGCUACUGGACCAUA